AUGAUCAUAACGAAUAUUGUAAUAUCUUCACUUGUAUGUUCUAAACUCAUCAGCGGACUGCCCGUUGAGUAUGGCCCACAGACAAGUUUUGGUAAAGAUAAGUCACAGGCAGCGAAGAUGGACUCAAUCUUUCAAAUACGUGGUGAUAGUGACCACAAUAUAGACUUAGGGGACUUGGACAGAAGUCCAUCAAUGACUCCAGAUCCAUCGUUGUUGAAAAUUGGUGGAAAAGGUGCUAUUAGUUCAGAUUUGCAGAUAUGUAGUGAUCUGGUAUUGACACAUGUCUUGCAGAAAUUUCCAGAAGCAAAUGCAGCAGAUGCUGCAGUUACACAGGCUCUUUGUAUUGGGAUGGUGAACUUUUUUAAUAGUGGUGUAGGAGGUGGUGGUUACGUCGUAUAUGCAGAUGGAAGCAAUCAAGAUAAUCACUAUUAUAGUGACUUUAGAGAGAAAGCUCCAAAAGCAGCUCAUAAAGAUAUGUUCAAAGACUGCGAGAUGUGUUCCAAAGUAGGUGGGUUGGCCUCAGGAGUUCCUGGUGAACUGGCUGGGCUGUACGAUCUGUAUGAAAAUAGAGGAAGUGGGGCAGUCUCUUGGUAUGACUUAAUUAAACCAGUAGCUGAUUUAGGUUACGCCGGUUGGGAAAUAGGAGAAGUUCUAUAUUAUGCAUUGAAACUUUAUGAACCUGCUUUUAUGAAUAUGCAAGAUGACUGGAGUUUUGUACUAAAUAAAUCCAGGACUGGUGUGAAACAAUGUGGUGACCGUAUAUCAAGACCGGUUUUUGCUGAUACGUUGAUGGAGUUAGCCAGAAAUGGGUCAGCAGGUCCUUUUUAUGACCCAGAAUCUUGGAUAACACAAUCAAUGGUCUCUACAUUGUCAAAAUAUGGAGGUAUACUUACUGCACAAGAUUUUAAGGAAUAUAAUGUCAAUUCAUCAAAGCCAUUAGUGAAAGAGUUAAGAUCAAAACUUCUGUUUACUGAAAAUUCCAAACUAACGGUUUUGACAAGUAGUGGCUCAAGUUCAGGUGCUGCUCUUUUAUCGGCACUGUCUAUCAUGGAACAUUUCCCAGAUGAAGUUGGAGGCGAUUAUGGAGAAAAAACCACUUUUGAAUUAAUAGAGACUAUGAAAUGGAUGGCAUCAGCCAGGAGUAGACUUGGAGACUAUGAAGCCAAAGAAAUUGAUUCUAACUCUUUUUUUAAUUUACCACAACGUGUUCAAGAGAUUUUAGAUGAAAGUUGGAUAAAUAAAGCGGUUAAUUCAAUACAAUCCAAUUCAGUUGAUGGGAAUUUUAAAACAUUACCUAACUGGACACUCUAUGAUCCGGAAUAUGAAAUGAAUGAACCACAUGGUACGGCUCACUUUAGCAUAGUAGAUCAUCAUAAUAAUUCGGUUUCUUUAACUACAACCGUAAAUUUACUUUUCGGUUCAUUAGUUCAUGACCCUAAAACGGGUAUAAUAUUUAAUAACGAAAUGGAUGAUUUCUCACAAUCUCACAGAUCUAAUGCUUUUAAUUUAUCAGCAUCAAUUCAUAAUUUUCCAGAACCAUAUAAGAGACCGUUAUCAUCUACAGCACCAACUAUCAUUCUUGACUCAACUGGGCAUCCUGAUCUUAUUGUUGGUGCAUCUGGAGGAUCUAGAAUUGUUACUAGUAUCUUUCAAACAAUCAUAAGAAACUAUUGGUACAAAAUGCCACUAUUGGAAUCGAUAUCGUAUCCAAGAAUACAUCAUCAAUUACUUCCUAAUCAAGCUGAACUUGAAAGUUAUGAUCUCGUCGGUAGUGAAACCACUGAAUUACUAAGAAAUAUGGGACACAGUGUCAUUCAAGAAAUGCCAAAGAGUGUUGUUAAUGCAAUCAAAUUUGUUGAUGGUAAAUGGCAUGCUGUUAGCGACUUCUGGAGGAAAAGAGGUGUAGCAACGAUAUAUUAA